AUGACCGCUACUUAUGUGAACACACUCGGCUUCUGUAUGGCCCAGAUUGGGGACAGUCAGUUUUCGCUGGCAACUACGUGCCCAUCACCGUGGGUCAUAGAUGAACCUCAGGUUCCGUGCGCUGUCCUCAGUGACAUCCUAGAUUGGCCAACUGACUUCACUGAAUGUCAACAACUCCGAGCGGCCUCCUACUUAUUACUUCUCCGUGUAUCUCGUGGGAUGUCUCGGAUGUCUGUGAGCUACUUGCUAAUAAAAUAUUGCCAGGAUCCUGCUCCCAGCGGAGGGAACUAUGUGCUAGCUACCAAUAAAACCGCCCAAUGA